AUUUAUAGAAAGAUUGUAGUCAGCAGUAAUCUAGUGGCAGGCACAGGAGUUGCCUGUUUGUGAAAUCAAUGUGGUGAAUGUCUGGAUAUUUUGGUGUGUAGGAAGUGAAGCAAGACACGCUGGCCUCUUAUUUUCCUUCUUUUUUUUUAAGCUAUUGGUUGCAGGAACAAAAUCCUCCAAGAUUUUAGUACAAACUGAAGGAUUUAGCUGCUCACUCCAGCGUAAGAGAAGUUUAUUCGCUCUGGGGAAAUGAACAAGCUGCCCUUGGCUCUCUGGACAGAGAUAUAAUGUUGCAGGAAUCAUCCUCUGACUACACGCAUGAAGUAAAAGAUCUGAAGCUUUGUUUGUGAAGGAAAUAUUUGGUUAAGUUAAUCUGUCUGCCAGUGUUUGACAUGGCUGGGAAGUGUAGUGUCGCUGCUAUACGCAGGGUGGCUAUAUUUGGGGGCACCCAUGGCAAUGAGUUAUCUGGAGUCUUUCUGGUUAAGCACUGGUUAAAACAUGGAGGGGAGAUUGCCAGACCCGGUUUGGAGGUGAGGCCAUUUAUUACCAACCCAAAAGCUGUGGAGAAAUGUGUUAGAUACAUUGACACUGACCUGAACAGAGUUUUUGACAAUCAAAAUCUUAGCAAAGAAAAUACAGUGAAAUUACCAUAUGAAGUAGCACAAGCUCAAGAGAUCAACUCUAUAUUUGGACCAAAGGGGAGUACAAAUGCUUAUGAUGUGAUUCUUGACCUUCACAAUACCACGGCACAAAUGGGGGUUACUCUGAUCCUUGAAGACUCUAGAGAUGAUUUUACCAUGCAGAUGCUUCAUUAUAUUCAGAAAUCCAUGGCUCCAGUGCCUUGUUCUGUGCUACUAAUUGAACACCCUGGAGUAAAAUAUGCCACCACUCGCUCUAUAGCAAGACAUCCUGUUGGCAUAGAAGUAGGACCUCAACCUCAAGGUGUUCUUCGAGCGGAUAUUCUGGAUAAAAUGAGGAGAACAGUAAAAUAUGCUCUUAAUUUCAUGCAGUGCUUCAACCAAGGAACAGCAUUCCCACCAUGUAGCAUUGAAGUGUACAAAGUGCUGGAGAAGAUCGGCUAUCCCAGGAACAAGAAUGGUGAACUUGGUGCUAUUAUCCACCAGAACCUUCAGGACCAGGACUGGAGAGCUCUUAACCCUGGUGAUCCUAUGUUUAUAACGCUGGACGGUGAAGUCAUACAUUAUGAAGGAGAAUAUACAGUUUAUCCCACUUUUGUGAAUGAGGCAGCGUACUAUGAAACUAACCAGGCUUUUGCCAAAACCCAGAAAGUGACAUUAACUGUACAAGCUGUCCAAUGUUAAUCUCUAUAACUACAUAUCAUACAGGUCAUGCUGUCAGGUUACUCAUCUGCAGAUUUCGUGUAAUGAUGAAAAUGUAGUCAUUAGUCUUUUUACAUCACAGGGUUUUCUCGCUUCUUUUAUACAAUGCUAUGAAACAUUCCAGCCCUUGUCAGACUGCAACUCCCUAAGACUCUAAGAUGACUAGUUGGCAGUGAGUGAUAGAGGAUAAUGUAUGUUGUCACAGGGAUUAUUUGUCAUGUAGACUGUAGGCAGGGAACAGGCCACGAGCAAAGGUUAAAACUAUAGAAGGGACGUAUACCAUAGGGAUAUACCCUAUACAGGUGAAGAUUAAAGUAUAUGCUCAAUUUUCCUCUGCAGCUCUGUGAAAAAGUGAAACUGUUGUAACCAGCAGGAAAUGUCUGGUUAUAUGAGCUCUAUGUACAUCGCUAGUCCGAUAUUACUCUUCAAAAUGCAGUGACUUCACUGGUCAUUUAUAUAUUUCCUUAUGUGUCCUAAGCAUAGAGUUAAAAAGAAAAUGCAAUUAAAGUAGCAAUUCCAAUUAGCUAUGCAUUACAUUUAUUUGCCUUUCUAAAAGGACAGUGUUAGCAGGAAGACCAAAAAGUUAUAUGGGAAUAGAGGUGACAUUGGAAAACUUCUCAGCGUCCUGGGGCUCCACUAAGGGGGGGAAAAAAACUCAGUACUCCUUUAAAAGUAACUUACUAUAUAAAUAAUACCUAUAUGCACAGCAAGGUCUUCAGAAUGCCGCAAGUUGCUCAGGAAAAAAUACUUAUCACCUCUGAUUAUUAACAAUGACCACCUGUAACUAUGCAAAUACAGUUAGCAGGAAACUGCCAUUUAAUAUGUACAAAUGAGGGAUACAGAGCUAGGACCUUAGAUCUCAGCGGCUUCUUUGUAUUUAGCAUUCCUGUCUGUUACAAGGCACCAUGCCAGUCUUUUACCAUUCACUGGGCUGGAAAACCCAAUUUUGCAAAGUAAGUGCGAAGUUAGAGGAUUUAUUGUCCUCCUUUCCUUUCUAUGCAAGUCUUGCAGGAGACAAUAAACACUUAUCGUUCUUAUAAAA